ACGUCGAUUCUUCUACGCCCACUAGCCCCGUGUAACCCCGUUGGCAACACUAAGUACGUAGAGGAUCUGGCAACACUAAGUACGGAGAGGAUCUGGCAACACUAAGUACGUAUCUAUAGGAUCAUUUCCUGUUUGAUGGCGUAGAAACCGAACAGGAGAGAUGUGAACAACUCUAGGUAUAAUUAUAUUCCUCAACGACGUGGUGAAAAUUGAGAUUGUGGAAAUGCUGUGAUCUUUCUGUGGUUGCAUGUGGUAGGUUCUUUACAAGGACCGACCCGGCUGCGUGAGGAUCCGCAGCAAUCAUGUACUCGUUCCUGUAUCUCGUGUUGAAGGCGGGCGAGGUGGACACUGCCCUUUAUGCCUGAAUCAUGAUUCACGAAUUCUCUUCAUUUCUUAGAGACUAUCUUGCUCUGGCAUCUCUCAUGGUGUAUGUAUUCAGAGUAGGUACUCAUCUUUCAUCAAAAAAAAUGCAAAGAUGUUGUUUAGAGGACCUGUUGCUAGAAAAAACUAGAAGUAUUUAAUGUUCAUCUUCAUCUAAUGAUUUUCUUAGUCUAAUUAGAUGCGAAUGGCAGCACCGAGGACGAAUCAAGUAAGUAUACACCGUACGCGGAAACACCGACAGUUGAAGUAGGGGCUCCGAAAAAGGGACAGGGAUACGGAUUUGAAUCACAGAAAUGUCAGCGCACGCCGUAUUGAUGUGUUGAUUCGAUUGAUUUUGAGCACUUAACGAGUGUACUCUUGAUUGCUUUCCCACUCUCACUUUUAGUACUUAGACAUGAUUGUGCUCGUGUGGAGGAAGAACGUUUGUAUGCAGCUUCGUAGUCCUCCUAAUAUCCAUUGGUCGUGUAGUACAUCUACUAAGGACUAGACUACGAAGAGGACGACCGACCGACACGCCACCAGAGUUUAUUUUUACUCCUAGUGACUCAACCCGUAAAUACUAGGUAUCUCUAUCAUCAUCAUCAUCAUCAUCCUCCAGCACAGAGUCAGAAUUGGUAGUCCCUCUGUGGCUGCCCACAUUCGCCCGAGGAUGCAGGUCAAACUGUGGACGGUGAAUCAAAUCCUAUCCUAUCCUAUCCUAUCCUAGUUUACAAGCUACGAAAUACUGAGGAAAAAUAUCCUGAUGAAUAUCCUUUACUUCAGGUACAUGGAAGCGCGACAGGGGUGCCUGUGGGAGAAGCGUGAGCACAUUGCUAUCAACAACGUGAUAGCGCAGGAGAUCGCCUUCAAAUGCGGGCCUGAACAGGACGACUUGAUCAACUGCCGCAUGGAUCGGAUGUGGGCGUCUGGAAAGUACUUCUGGGAUUCUUCAACAUAGCUUUACUACACCUGAACUAGUGAAGUCUAACUACCUAGUGCAGCUGCUAUUGAAGACAUAUAGCAUAUUCCCUGUUAAUUACGACCAGGUGCCGCGAGUACGAGUACAUAUGGAGAAGGUGUCACUAUAGGGAUAAAGAAUUCCUUGCCAAGCGCAGGCGUGAAGUUGCGCUGGACCGCAUCAAGUCGGGUGAUUCUUACAUGUUCAGCGAAAUGAUGAGUCAAGGGAUUAUGGCUACAUUGGAGUAAUGAUGAGUAUGUUUAUGUAUAUGGAUUAUGAUAAGACUUUCUUUAAGAUGCCAUGCUUCUCUCUCUAAGACGCACAAGAUGUUCGAUACGAAGGACCGGCUGACGAUGUUCACGGACCACCUUUAUUUCGAGGGAGAGCGCGGAGGUGAGUCUCUUAGAAGUUGGUAAAGCCUCUCAGAAGUUGGGGUAGUUGGUAAAGCCUCUCAGAAGUUAGUGGACGAGCCUGUCAGAAGUUAGUGGACGAGCCUGUCAGAAGUUGCUGUGGGAUAUCAGAAGUUGGUCGCCUGGUAAAGCCUUUUACGAGACUUGAGCUGACCCCCUUACGGGACCUCUGGGUUUCAGUUGGCUCUUUAGAAAAGUUGGAGCGUAUUGCCAUCACAAGCAAGCUUGGCUCACAAGAGUGUUGAGUCUCUCAGAAGUUGGGAAAGGUAUCUCAGAAGAGGUGAGGGCAUGGGGGCCACGCGUAAAGAAAGACUUUCUACAAAGAACAGUGAUGCGGGUAGUUGCGCGCGCUAGGUAUGGUUAAGAGCAUGUCCCUAUACGAUCUUUUCAACCAAGCAAAUCCAUCUAUUUAGCACACUAGUGCCACUGAUAAGUGAAGAAGCCAACACCUCCUUCACCGCCAUGCAAAAACAAGC